CCGAACACGACCUUAGUAUUCUCUAUAAGAUUUCACGUUCAAAGAUUCAGAUGUCUCUCCCAAGGUCUCAUACUUAACUUACACUGCGACUGGGCGAGAGAAGAAGUAAGCUCUUUCUAAUGAAUAAUGGGGUACGAAAUCAAAAGGAAAAGACCUUGUACGCGAGGAAGCUCGGGCAAGCGAAUCAGUAGAAGAAUUCAGUUGCAGAAAUCAAGGAACUCAAAAAAUCUUUCUAACUGAAAACUCGCAUUGCGCACCACAUCGAUCUGUCGAGCCACCGAAGAUGAUGGGGAAGGGCUUGAAUCCUCUCAUCACUUUCGAGCACAAGAGGGACGCCUAUGGAUUCGCAAUCAGGCCCCAGCUUUUGCAGAGGUACAGAGAGUACGCUAACAUCUACAAGGAGGAGGAAGAGGAGAGGUCAGGCAGAUGGAAGAUCUUCUUGGAGAGGCAAGCGGAAUCUGCCCAAUUGACUCUAAGUGGCUUACCUGAAGAGAGACAGAUUACAAUAUCACAAGCUGAAAGCACUACACUUGAAGCAAAGUUUGUUUCUGAGGAGGGUUCUGAACAGGAUGGUUCAACUGUAAGUGAAACCUCUGUUGCCAAGGAUUCAGCUGAAUACGUUCCAGAAAAAGAGUUGUCUGUAGUAAAGGAAGAAAAAACCUGUAAAAUCCAAAUCUGGGCUCAGAUUAGACCAUCCCUUGGAACCAUUGAACAUAUGAUGAGUUUUCGUGUUAAGAAGAGGACGAAUUUAUUGAAGGUUGAUAAAAGAAGUGAAAAUGGGCAUCUAGCUCCAAUUGAAGAAGCAAGACCUCCCAAAGGAUCUUCAGAAGAGCGCUCUGAGGAUGAAUGUCAUGAUCUGGAGAGAUCAGAUCCAAUUCAUGACAAUUCUUUGUCUGACACUGUGAAUUCUUGUGGCUCAGAAAAUGCUGCUGGUGAUGCAACCUCCACAGAACAUUUAUUUCAUUGGAAAGAGGAACUGGAGUGCCUUGUCCAAGGGGGAGUUCCAAUGACUCUUAGGGGGGAGCUAUGGCAAGCUUUUGCGGGUGUUAGGACACGUCGCAUAGAGAAAUAUUACCAAGGUCUACUGGAUCCAGAAGCUAAUGCUGCUAGUGACAAGAAUUUUGGUAGUUCAAAUUCUAACACCACUAAGGGGUCAAAUAAUGAUCGGAGUUGUGCUGAGAAAUGGAAAGGGCAGAUUGAGAAGGAUUUGCCUCGAACAUUUCCAGGUCACCCUGCUCUGGAUGAGGAUGGUAGAAAUGCUCUGAGACGUUUACUCACAGCAUAUGCUCGGCACAACCCUGCUGUUGGGUACUGCCAGGCUAUGAAUUUCUUUGCUGGAUUGUUAUUAUUGAUUAUGCCCGAGGAAAAUGCUUUUUGGACUUUGGUGGGUAUUAUUGAUGAUUAUUUUGAUGGCUAUUUUUCAGAGGAAAUGAUAGAACCUCAGGUAGACCAACUUGUUUUAGAGGAAAUAGUUCGCGAGAGAUUUCCAAAAUUGGUCAAUCAUCUUGAUUACCUUGGAGUGCAGGUUGCAUGGGUUACUGGACCCUGGUUCCUUUCCAUUUUCAUGAACAUGCUCCCCUGGGAAAGUGUUCUUCGAGUUUGGGAUGUGCUUCUGUUUGAAGGAAGUCGUGUUAUGCUAUUCCGAACAGCACUUGCUUUAAUGGAUUUAUAUGGCCCAGAAUUGGUUAGAACAAAGGAUGCUGGAGAUGCUGUUACCUUGAUGCAGUCCCUUGUUGGCUCUACAUUUGACAGUAGCCAACUUGUCUUCACUGCUUGCAUGGGCUAUCAAGUUGUAAAUGAAGCUAGAUUGCAAGAAUUGAGAGAAAAACACCGACCAGCAGUAAUAGCUGCCAUUGAGGAGCGGUCCAAAGGGCUUGGUGUUUGGAAGGAUUCCCGAGGUCUUGCAUCCAAGCUAUACAGUUUCAAACACGAACCUGGACCAUUGAAAUCAGAGACAAAUGUAAAAGAAGGUUUAGGUGAUCUACGAACCAAUGGAGAUGUAUUUCUAGUGGAAUCUGGAUCUUCCAAUCUAGAUGGAGUUCUUGGCAGUUUAACUGGGGAUUCAGAUGCUGACUCCCUUCAGGAACAGGUGGUAAGGUUAAAGGUUGAACUGUGCAGAUUGCUGGAGGAGAAAAGAUCUGCUGUCCUCAGAACUGAAGAGCUGGAAACAGCAUUCAUGGAGAUAGUCAAGAAGGAUACCCGUCGGCAAUUGAGUUUAAGGGUGGAACAGCUGGAGCAAGAGGUAGCAGAGCUAAAGCAGGCUCUAAAAGAUAAGAGCAAAAAAGAGCAAGCUGUGUAUGAGGUUCUAAUGCGGGUGGAACAACAAAAAAGGGUAACAGAGGAUGCCCGUAGACUUGCUGAACAAGAUAUGGCUGCUCAGAGAUAUGCUGCUAAUGUGCUUCAGGAAAAAUAUGAUGUAGCUAUGGAUUCACUUGCACAAAUGGAGAAGAGGGUUAUUAUGGCAGAAACAAUGCUGGAGACUACCUUGCAAAUACAACCUUCUCCAAGGAGCCCAUACAAAACUUGCCCCCAAGAAAAAAGAGCUUGCUUUCUAGGUCAUUUCGAAUUGGUUGGCGUGACCAGAACAAGUUCCCUUAAAGUGACAGGGAAAAGCAAGUAGCGUUUGAUUAGACCAAUGGAACUCCAGUGAACUGGCACGGAGCAAACUGCAGAAAGUGAUGAAUGGCAACCAAGAAUAGCAAUAAUAACAUAAAUGAUGGAUGAUUGAGUGCUAUACGAAUGCUAAAAGCUGUUUGCUCCUUCCCCCAAGGUGAAAUGCUUGUAUCUAUGAACAAGAUAAGUUUGUUGCCCAUAAGCCUCUGCCUAUAUAAAUAGAAGAUGGCUGUUUUGAGCAUGGGAGGUAUCACUUUAUCAUAUCACGGUAUCAAUGUCAACUUGAAAAGCUUCAUAGAAAUAGUCCUUGUUUGUAAUUCAUUAUACAUGGAAAUCCAUUUUAUGCUGUUCAGUAAUUAAUAAUAUCAGGUUAGGAAGAAGUGAAGGAAAAGCUUGAGGUUAGUCAUGGAUGACUACUUUGUUACUCUUUAUUUUCUUAGACUUAAUUAUUUUUUUCUUUUAGAAAUUAAAAGAAAAAAAUCUGAAUAGUGAUUAUAC